AUGGGCUCCAACUUGCCGUAUGCUGCCGAUGCUGAGAGCCCGCUGAAGCCCGCGGAGCUCCAGGUGUUGCGUGCACAGUACGAGAAGGAGGGCGAAUACGUCGGCAUCCAGACAAAAUUCAACUAUGCAUGGGGUCUGAUUAAAUCCAAUUCCCGGUCCGACCAGCAGGAGGGCGUCCGGCUUCUCUCGGAGAUCUUCCGCAGCGCUCCUGAGCGUCGGCGCGAGUGCCUCUACUACUUGGCCCUGGGGAACUACAAGCUCGGCAACUAUGGCGAGGCUCGCCGGUACAACGACCUGCUGCUCGAGCAUGAGCCGGGUAACCUGCAGGCGGCCAGCUUGCGGCAGCUGAUCGACGACAAAGUCGCGAAGGAGGGCAUGAUUGGCAUUGCCAUUGUGGGUGGAGUGGCUCUCGCCGCGGGCGUGGUAGGCGGUUUGCUCUUCAAGGGCGCCAGAAGACGAUGA